AUGGUUACUGUAAACUUGGGAAUCCUCCAUUAUGUAUUAGAUCACGUCUAUGGGGCGCUUGUUCAUCGUAACCGAUUGACUACACCCUUCUUUUCAAGGGGAUGGGGGGGAAGCAAGCUUGAUCUUCUGGAGAGUAUGAUCAAACAACUGUUCCCAGAAAUCAUUUGCCAGGAAACCCCCAGUUUGGUCCAGCCCCUUUGGCGAACUGUUUGGGAAUCAAGAAAUUCUUGUCUGAGGGAGGGUGUCUUUAGGACACCAUGCAGUGAGGAACUCAUGAGCGCUCUGCCUCCUGAAAGUCUCAAUGCAAGGGUUGCUUUUCUUGCGCCAAAGUUUGUCCAGCCACAGAAGAUGGCCUGUGUAGUUCAUCUGGCAGGUAUUGGACGCCAUUAACCAGCUUUUCAUCACUUAUUUUUCAUCUUUCAUUUUAAGAAAUAAAAGCGACAAUUCAGAUUUUUCUUGUUGUCUUUAAAGGAGCAUUCAAUCAUAUCUGUCUCAUACUCGCUUCAUUUUUUUAAUGAAUGAGUUAUCCAAUGGAUGUCGAUCAAAUAUGUUUAUAUUGAAAUAUAAUAAUUCUUAAUUACUUUACCACUGCUGAAGUUUUCUUGAAGAAUAGCCCUUGACUGUAGUUCUUAUGAAGCCAGCUGAAGAUGUGUACUUGCUCUUGUGGUAUUUCUUUGCUUGUUUUAUAUUCAUGCCAUGUGAAUGAUGCUCAUCAGAAGCUUCCAUCAUUGGAUGUCAAGCAAGGGACACAUUUGUUGUAAUAGUUGCAGCUAAAGGUAGAGGAUUAUACCAUAAGUAACAAUCCUGUUUCAGAGGGGAAUAAAGAAGUGAACAUGUGAAGCUUGCUUAAGCUUUCUUUCGAAAAUCUAUUUGGCUAAAUGCAUCGCUGCGUUUUGUCUCAUAUUUGCCUCUGGUGAUGCUUUUAUCUUGGGAAUUAGGUUACUUUUAUGUGAUCCAUGUAUUCAACUUGCACUGAAACUGUGCUUUUAUUUGAAAAUUUCAGGCACAGGCGACCACUCAUUUGAGCGUAGGCUACGCCUUGGUGGGCCAUUAUUGAAGGAUAACAUUGCUACCAUGGUUCUUGAGAGGUGAAGAAUACCCGUUCUGUUUUGUCGCAUAGAUGGAUACAGUUUCCGUGUUGUUGUAGCUACUUAAAUAUUAUUGAAUGUGCCGCAGCCCAUUCUAUGGACAACGACGUCCUAGACUGCAGCGUGGGGCAAAGCUACUCUGUGUGAGUGACUUGCUAUUGCUAGGAAGAGCCACCAUUGAGGAAGCAAGAUCUCUGUUGCACUGGUUGGAAACUGAGGCUGGUUUUGGCAAGACUGGUGUUUGUGGCCUUAGCAUGGGUAACUAAAAUAGUUCAUGUUCCCUUUUAACGAUUGCGUUAAGAACACAGUUAGAGUUACGAUCCCUAAAAUUCAUUACUCUUACUUCCUCUAUUCUCAAUCUCUCUAGUUUUGGGUUUUUUUCUCGCUAUAUUCUACCAGUAUUUCUAACAAGCGUUUCAAUACUAUAUUGAACCACCUAGUUGGGCCAGAUAUCGGCUGCUAGUGCUAUGUUCUGUAUUAACCUGUGGUAUUUCCUGUCUCAGUGGCAAUAUCCAACCAUCCCUAAGUUUUAUCUGUCAUGCUCCUGUUUUAGGGGGAGUGCAUGCAGCAAUGGUUGGAUCUCUUCACCCUACACCAGUCGCCACACUACCCUUCCUCUCUCCCCACUCUGCAGAAGUGGCUUUUUGUGAAGGAAUCCUGAAACACGCCACUGCUUGGGAGGCGCUGAGAGAAGAUGCGACACAAGCAGCUACAAUGACGCUAGAACAAGUGAGGGAGCGGAUGCGAUCGGUUUUGUCACUGACAGAUGUGACUCGCUUUCCGGUACCCAAGAUUCCUCAGGCGGUCAUAUUCGUUGCAGCCACUGUAAGUCCAAAAAUCUUACUUCACUAAAUUGAGCCUAUUUAUAUCAGCAUAUAUAAGUCUAAUAAUUUUAUAAGCCUGUUGACUUUAUUUAGAAGCUUUGUUCGUUUGGGUUUGCUAGCUGCUAUUCAUCUUCUUCCUUGUUUAUUACCUAUAAGUCAAAAGCAUACUUUGUGGAGGGAAUAUAGACGCCAUACACCAAUACUUCCUUCUGACACAGCUGCCGCAUCCUCUAAAAACCCAUCUGCAGAUGUUCCAACAUCUUCAUGAAAACCCAUAUGACAUUAAACCUAUUCUGGCUGUAGGACGAUGGGUACAUCCCUAGACACUCUGUCAUGGAACUCCAGAAAGCUUGGCCCGGUUCUGAAGUUAGGUGGGUCACAGGUGGCCAUGUCUCAUCGUUUCUAUUCCACAACGACGCCUUCCGCAAGGCGAUCAUUGACUCUCUGGACAGACUGGAGUGGAGAGAACCCUGA